CUGAGGAUCAAUUCCUUCCCCAAAGGAACCUGUCCUGUUACUUUGGCAAGUGGCUCCUCCUUUCUCAACAUCCCAAAGAGUGUAACUGAGCCCCGCAACGUGAGGAGUUACUGUGUGUGUUUCUCAAUCCACACCUGAGCAAGUGACUUCAUUCCUUUCUGACAGCACCCAGUAUCCACCACUGAUUCCAAUCUGGCUCUGUCACUUGUAAUUAGGCAGUUUGUUUCUGCAUUGUCUGUCAUUCUCACAUGCUCUUAUAAUGAUGUAUUGUGUGUCAGUGGGUACCAAGAGCCUUCAGCUCUUACUGAGCUGCGUGGAUAUUUAUGAAGGCACCUACCUGGUUUGCAACACGAGGUUCUGAGGCUAAAAUCCACUGGGAUCUUUAAGACCUAAGGCAUCAAAGUCAUAGAAGGUGGAUGUUUGCGUUGGGAACUGCAGAUCACUUGGUCCCAAGGUGGGCACUGGAGGUUGAUCAGAGCGAUCCCACUGCACUGGCUUCUCUCCCCAAAUGAAGGCAGGGGGUGGGCGCUGCCGGGCACUCCCAGCUCCUCGCCGUAAACCGAUUCCUCUCCUGCCCUGGGGCCAAGCCCUGCGCUCCUAACGGAUAAAAGGGGAAGCGGCCGCAGCAGCCGCUCACUCCCUGCGCUCCCGGAGCCUCCAGGCAUUGGGUCCCAUCAUGUCCCGCUCCGUGAGCUUCAGCUCCCGUUCCGCCGCCGGCCCCGGCAUCAGCCAGGUGCGGGUCAGCACCGUCUCGUCCACCCGUGGGCUCGGGGGUGGCUCCGGCUUCAGCCGGGCCGGGGGCUUCGGCAGCUCCAGCCUCUACAGCCUGGGCUCCGGCAGCAAGCGGGUGUCCGUCGGGGGGAGCAGCUCCUACAGCGUCCGCUCUGGAUACGGCUAUGGGGGCAUGGGGCUCGGUGCGGUGCCCGGCACCGGCAGCAUCCAGGAGGUCACCAUCAACCAGAACCUCCUGACGCCCCUGAACCUGGAGAUCGACCCCAACAUCCAGCGGGUGCGCAAGGAGGAGAAGGAGCAGAUCAAGACCCUCAACAACAGAUUCGCCUCCUUCAUUGAUAAGGUCCGUUUCCUGGAGCAGCAGAACAAGAUGCUGGAGACCAAAUGGAGCCUCCUCCAGGACCAGAAAACCACCCGCAGUAACAUUGCUCCCAUGUUUGAGACGUACAUCAGCAACCUGCGGCGGCAGCUCGAUGGGCUCUUGAACGACAAGGGGCGUUUGGAGGGCGAGCUCAAGAACAUGCAGGAUCUGGUUGAGGAUUUCAAGACCAAGUAUGAAGAUGAGAUCAACAAGCGCACGGCAGCAGAGAAUGAGUUUGUGGUGCUCAAGAAGGACGUGGAUGCUGCCUACAUGAACAAAGUGGAGCUGGAGGCCAAGGUGGAUGCGCUCACGGAUGAGAUUAACUUCCUGAGGUCUCUCUAUGAAGCGGAACUUCAAGAGCUUCAAGCCAAGAUCUCUGACACCUCAGUGGUGCUGUCUAUGGAUAACAGCCGAAACCUGGACCUGGACAGCAUCAUUGCAGAGGUCAAAGCACAGUAUGAGGAGAUUGCCAACCGGAGCCGGGCGGAGGCUGAGUCCUGGUACCAGAGCAAGUAUGAGGCCCUGCAGGUCACCGCAGGGAAGCACGGGGAUGAUCUGCGCAACACCAAGAACGAGAUCGUGGAGAUCAACCGUGUGAUCCAGAGGCUGCAGGGGGAGAUUGAAAACGCAAAGGCCCAGCGUGCCAAGCUGGAGGCAGCCAUCGCUGAGGCUGAGGAACGUGGGGAGCUGGCCCUCAAGGAUGCCAGGGCCAAGCUGGAGGAGCUGGAGGCAGCUCUGCAGAAGGCCAAGCAGGACAUGGCCAGGCAGCUCCGUGAGUACCAGGAGCUCAUGAACGUCAAGCUGGCCCUGGACAUUGAGAUCGCGACCUACAGGAAGCUGCUGGAGGGAGAGGAGAGCAGGUUGGCUGGUGAUGGAGUUGGCAGCGUCAACAUCUCCGUGGUCAGCUCCAGCGGCGGAGGUGGCUUUGCCAGGUCCAGUGGAUUGCUGGGAGGAGGCCUCAGCCUGGGCUCAGGAAUGGGCAGCGGAGCACUCGGCUUCUCCUCCGGGGGUGCCACCAAGUCCUACACGGUCACCACCACCUCAUCCAGCAGGAGAAGCUUCAGGAAGUAACUCUCGGAUGGGAGAGCAGCAGUACCCGUUACAUGGGAGGGGGAAACCAUAGAGAGCAAAGUCUUUGUUGCCUUCCUAGGACAAACUGGCUGCACAAUUUGGGCAGUGGUGAAGGAAUUGGGGUGAGAAACAGCAGUGCCUGCCCCGGCCACAUCACCCCAGGCUUGAUCCUGCACUCCUGAACGUGGUGGGAACCAUUGCACAGAGAGCAGGUUCAAGCCUGGAGGGUGAAAUCCAUCUGGUGAAGCAGGUGGGAUAAUACAUUUGUUACUUGUGUGCUUGGUACCCCCUGCUCAGGGCUGGAUUUCACCCUUGGAAUGGCAAAGCAACCAUUUGAGUGGCAAGGAAUUCCACGCUUGUGCUGUGGGUUUGGAAGAGACACCAGGAGAUUAUCUGCCUUGGAUUGGGAUGGGGAAGAUUUCAUUCCCUUGGGCUCCUCAGAACAGGUCAACCCUUGCUGGGAUUGCAGCCUGGGUUGGUUUUGGUAACGUUUACCAAAACCUUUGGGGUUCUCUUGGCUCAGAAAUGGGGCUCUGUGAUUCUCCCCUGCCUGAAGCUGCUUUCUCACCGAAGGCAAUGCAGGCAGAUUACUUUCAGGCUCUUUAUAGCCAAGUAACUCCUAAACAAGCUCCUCACCCCAUUCCCUCUUCUUAAAAGAAGCCCAAAGCUUAAGGGAUAUGAAGUGAAACAUUCCCCAUCUCCGAAUGUCUCUUUUACCACCCUGUCUUUCAAAGUGAUAUCAGGUGUCUAUUACAGGUAGGGAAGAGCGUGAUUUGUUGAUGCAUCAUUCCAAUAGUUCCUUGUUCCUGCCCAAAUGUGCCUUCAGCUGACCUGUGCCAGGUUCUUACUGCAGUAGGAAUGAUUCUUGGAUAAAUAGCUCACAGAAGCUGCACAGAAUCGUUGCAUUUCAUGCUCAGCCAUGUCCUAGCAGGGCAUCUUUGGUUGCUGUUUUAAGCCUUUGUGGUCUGGGAGUUUGUCAUGAGGCUGUUAAUAAAGUUUCCCUAUUGCAUGCUG